UGGGAACUGGGGAGAAGUCGAGGCUCUUUUCCUAGGCAAGAAAGGAUGCCGGUGCAGUGAAUAGCAAGACGGGGAGGCCUCUUUACUGAGCGAAAACUAAGAGGAUAUUCUCAUGCGGAAAGGGGGAGGAGACUGCUGCAACUGUAGCGACUGGUGGGAUCCCAAUGUGGCAGAGGGGCCUCUGCCGCCGACCUGAGGCUGAGGGUCCGCAAGCACAGCGCGCUUGCUGGAGACGCCGCCGCCAUCCUCUUCGCCGCCCGCCCCGCCGCCCUCCUGGACGCGCCCCCGGUGCACCGACCCUCUCCAAGCAGCUCUUGCAAGCUCGCGGCUCGCCGCCCGCUCAUUCUCCUUCCACGCGGGCUCACCGCGAAGGCAGGAGCGAGGUGUCCGAUUUGGGCACGUGAGGCCCGCUCCCCGGAGGUGGACGCCAGGCAGGCGAGGCUCUUGGCAUGGAGACCCCCAGCGCACAGGAAGCCGCAGGGCAACAAGCCAGCGCGCAAGCCAGCGCACCGGCGGGACAGGCCACUGGCUCUGCGAACACCAACACCGUGAAGAAGAGAAGCUGCCCAAAGAAGCAGCGGGGCAGACCUUCGUCCCAGCCCCCCAGGAACAUCGUGGGCUGCAGGAUUGCCCACGGAUGGAAGGAAGGCGACGAGCCCGUCACCCAGUGGAAAGGGACCGUUCUGGAUCAGGUGCCUAUAAACCCCUCUCUUUAUCUGGUGAAAUAUGACGGGAUUGACUGUGUCUAUGGACUCGAACUUCACCGAGAUGAGAGAGUUUUGUCUCUUAAGAUUCUCUCGGACAGGGUGGCAUCAUCUCAGGUCGCUGAUGCAAACCUUGCCAACACCAUCAUUGGCAAAGCGGUGGAGCAUAUGUUUGAGGGCGAGCAUGGUGCUAAGGAUGAAUGGAGAGGGAUGGUGUUAGCCCAAGCGCCAGUCAUGAGAUCGUGGUUCUAUAUCACCUAUGAGAAAGAUCCUGUGUUGUACAUGUACCAGCUUCUGGAUGACUACAAGGAAGGAGACCUGCGCAUCAUGCCAGAGCCCAGUGAGCCUCCUCCAGCCGAGAGGGAGCCGGGAGUUGUAGAUGGCCUGAUAGGCAAACAUGUGGAAUAUACCAAAGAAGAUGGCUCCAAACGGAUCGGCAUGGUCAUUCACCAAGUGGAAGCCAAACCCUCUGUGUACUUCAUCAAGUUUGAUGAUGAUUUCCAUAUCUAUGUCUAUGACUUGGUGAAAAAGUUCUAAGUGUUAGUGUAGAAUUUGCCACAUUUGUGAAAGCGAAUGUAUAGUUUGUGGAUUUGCAAAACGAUGUUGUUUUCAG